GUUUCCUAGAAGAAACGGAAAUUUUAAGAUUUAUGUGAGCUCAUCACCCCUUUGUUCAGCCUUGGCUGUCCCGGUUCCAAAAUGUCCUAUAGAACUCCCUGGCGAAAUAUUCAAAACAGUAUUCUCGUACAUGCUCUCGGAGCUUACAAAAAUUCCAAUGUCUGGUCCAAAGCACCUUUUCUCGUAAAACUGCGCAUCAUGAUUUUUUCCUGGCUCGUCCCCUCUACACCGGUACGAGUAGCGUUCAUGUACGCAAUGCGGUACUACAAGCUACGACAUCACGAGAGAGCAAACGUCCUUGCGUGUUCGCCUGUGGAUGGAGUGCUUCCUAUUGUGGAGAUGAGCGAGCAACUGACGGAAAAGGAGCGGGAGUUGGGAAAAGUCAGUUCAGCGCUGGAGAGUCCACAUUUUAUCGUCGACGCGAGCGUUCGGGCAACCUAUUUGGAAAAGACGCUCGUGUUUAUUCAAGCCGGAGCGCUGGUCCUAGCAUUUGUCGGAAGGAUUGCGUGCCAUCAAGACAUUCACCACAUUGAUGUGAUGACGACUAUCGGGGCCAUGUGCAAUGUUAUUGUUUGCAUAUGUACACUACCCCGCCCGUCGCUCAACAUACCGGUACGGAUGCGACGACCCAAAGUGGAGCUCCCACGGUGGCUCGAAUAUUCAGCCAUCAUGUCGACCGCUAUGGCAACAUUGGCUCUGUUCAUGUACGCAAAUUUGCGACUUUUAGACGGCAUAUCGCGAAUGAUUGCUAUACCUGCGGGGGCAGUCUAUUGUGUAGGGGUUGUGAUUGAAGCGUUUUAUGCCGAUGGGAAUGUGGAUUGGAGACAAAUGGGCAUAUGGCGAAGGGUGAAUAUGGUGAUGACGUCAUUGAUGCUGCUACUUGUGCUUAGCAUAUCUUACAUGGAUACCAUAGUGAAGGGAAAUACCGAGCAAAUGUGUUGGCAGUCUAUACUACCGAUGCUUUAAUAAAAACUAAUACACCUAGACAUAGCGAUGAUGAUGAUGAUCACGAUAAUGACAUGCUUCUCGCCAAAGACUUUAAUGAUGACGAAUGUCGAUCGUUCAUCACUUCCUGAAGAAAGCGACGACAAGUGCCAUCCUUUCAGCGGUUGUCGUCGUUGGUCGUCGAAAGUCCGUAGCUCUGGACGACGUACGCGGCAAAGUCACUGCAACGGCAAAUUGCGCAGAGAGUUCGAAACUCGAGGCGUGGAGCAAUCGAUACUUUUUAGGGAUACAACUUUUCCAGAAUUCAACCGAUAUAUCGCCAACCCUGAACGCAAUUCGCUGCUGAAAGGCAAUAAAACCAUAGAAUUUUGCUCAGGGAAAUUAAUGACCGCCUGAAAGUUAAAAAUUGCAUUCUAAAAUCUUUUGGAUAAAAGAUAUAAAAUAUUAUUGAAAAUGAAUCGGAUGA